AUGCCGGGCCUGAUCACCAGGGCCUCGAGGUCCCCUUCCCAAGGAUCUGAGGAGAGCCGCCAGUCAACACCUGCGAGCAGCCUCUACGGAGACUACCCGGCUCUCUCCUUUCCUGGCUAUGCAGAGAAGCCCCUCGAAGAGCAGCUGGAGCCCAUUGCGGUUAUUGGCAUGGGAUGCCGAUUGCCGGGUGAUGUCGGGUCACCAGCUCAGUUCUGGGACAUGCUCAUCAACAAAGGGACCGGCAACACACCAAAGGUCCCCAGCAACCGAUUCAACAUCGACGCCCACAUCCACAAGAAUAAUGACCGACCAGGCAGCUUCGGCGUCCUGGGCGGAUACUUCCUCACCAACGACCUCGGCGACUUCGACCCUGGACUGUUCGGCAUUACCCCUAUCGAGGCCAUGUGGAUGGACCCCCAACAACGGAAGCUACUAGAGGUCGUCUAUGAGACUUUCGAGUCAGCCGGGUUGACCCUCGAAGCUCUCUCGGGAUCGAGAACAGCCGUGUUCGCCGCCAGCUUUACUGCCGACUGGCAACAGAUGUCCUUCAAAGAGCCGUCGUUCCGACACAACCUGGCAGCAACAGGCGUGGAUCCGGGCAUCAUUAGCAACCGUAUUAGCCACGUCUUCAACUUGAACGGGCCUAGCAUCGUGGUCAACACGGCCUGUUCGUCUUCUGUUUAUGCCUUGCACAAUGCGUGCAACGCUCUUCGCAACGACGAGUGCGAGGGCGCCGUUGUCGGUGGUGUGAAUCUCAUGAUCACUGUCGACCAGCACAUGAACACGGCCAAGCUCGGUGUCCUAUCGCCGACUUCGACUUGUCACACAUUCGACGAGAGUGCCGAUGGCUACGGCCGUGCUGACGCCGUCGGUGCCGUGUACCUCAAGAAGCUAUCCGACGCUGUGCGCGACGGCGACCCCAUACGCGGCGUGAUACGUUCCAGUGCCGUCAACUCCAACGGCAAGGUUCCCGCCGUCGGCAUUACGUACCCCAACCGCGAGGGCCAGGCCGAUGUCAUCGGACAGGCUUACCGACGAGGAGGCAACUUGGAUCCCCGUCUCACCGGCUACUUCGAGUGCCAUGGAACAGGAACUGCCAUUGGAGACCCAAUUGAGGUCAACGCCGUCUCCAUCGCUAUGAACAAGGAGCGCAGCCCAGAGGAGCACGACCCGUUGUGGAUCGGCGCCGUAAAAACGAACAUAGGCCACAGCGAAGCCGCCUCGGGGCUCUCUGCUCUCAUCAAGGCUAUUCUGAUGGUGGAGCGAGGUGUCAUUGCUCCCACGAGGGGGCUCGUCACGCCCAACCCCAAGAUCAACUGGGCCGAGUGGCAGGUCAAGGUCGUUACAGAGCCCGUACCGUUCCCUGCUCACCUACCUGUGCGAAGGGUGUCAAUUAACUCAUUCGGCUACGGAGGCACGAACGCCCAUCUCGUCAUCGAAGGCGCCGAAUCGUUGUUGAAGUCGCCUCAGACAUACAAGUAUAUCGACAGCAACGCGCCCAAGAAGCUCCGUUCCCCUCGCCGUGCCCUCGAGCGCAAGCGGCCUUUCCUGCUGCCCUUCUCGGCCCACGACAAACCCACCUUGAAGCGCAACAUCACCGCCCAUGGCGCUAUCAUCGACAAGUACGACCUUCUCGACCUCUCGUUCACGCUGGCCAAUCGCAGAAGCUCGCUGCCGAGCAAGGCUUUCAACGUUGCCAGCCACGCUACUGCCCGCGACGUCUUUACCAACACGGCUGUUACGUUCAGUUUCGCUGACAAGAAGAAGACACCGACCGUCGGUUUUGUUUUCACCGGUCAGGGUGCCCAGUGGGCACGCAUGGGAGCCGAGCUCAUGGAGCAAUACCCCAGCUUCCUCCAGUCCAUCAGGAUCCUCGACCAAGCGCUCGGCGACCUGCCUGACGGUCCCGACUGGUCGAUCGAGGAUGUCCUUCUCGACAACCCCGAGAACUCCCGUGUAAGCGAAGCCGAGUUUUCCCAGCCCCUGUGUACCGCCAUACAGGUUGCCGUCGUCCAGAUUCUCGCCUCUUGGGGCGUCAAGCCCGUGGUCACUGUUGGCCACAGCUCUGGUGAGAUUGCGGCAGCCUAUGCUGCUGGCCUUCUGUCGGCCAAGGAGGCCAUUGUCGUGGCUUACUACCGCGGCAAGGUGGUCAAGGACAUCAACACCGGCGGUGCCAUGAUGGCCGUCGGUCUUGGGGCGGAAGCGGUUGCGCCCUACCUGUCCGACGUCGCGGGCAAGGUGGUUACUGCUUGUCACAACUCUCCUUCCGGCGUCACCUUAAGCGGUGAUGCGGAUGCCCUGGAGAAGGUCAAGGCAAAGCUGGACGCCGAGAGCAUUUUCGCUCGUAUGGUAAAGACCAACGGCAAGGCAUACCACUCACACCACAUGGUGCCCGUCGCCGAAAAAUACGAGAAGCUCGUUCAAGGCGCCCGAGCACACCUCGUGUUCGAUCUCCCCGAAGAGACACAAGCCCGGAUGGUUUCGUCCGUCACAAACGAGGUCCUACCCGAGACAGCCGUCUUGGAUGAGGCGUACUGGAGCGCCAACUUGCGGAGCCCAGUCCUGUUCAACCAAGCCGUCCAGACAAUCCUGAUGAGUGACGACUUCGCCAAUGUUGACCUCCUUAUUGAAGUAGGCCCGCACUCGGCCAUGGCCGGCCCCAUCAAGCAGAUCAAGGCAGAGCUGAAGGCUGAGAAACUCGAGUACCUACCCACCCUGCUGCGAGGCACCGACAGCGCCGUCCAGCUGCUCAAGGUAGCUGGUGAGCUGUUCCUCCGCAACUACCCACUGGACAUGCAGCGCGUGACCAUGGUGGAAGAGACCGGGCCCACGGGCAAAGUGAAGGGCGUGUCCGGGUCCACCAUUGUCGACCUGCCGCCCUACCAAUGGAACUACACGAAGCCCUUCUGGGCAGAAAGCCGCACGAGUCGCGAGCAGCGCCAGCCCAAGUUCCCCCGCCACGACGUGCUCGGACAGCUGGUCAUCGGCUGUUCGCUAGCAGAGCCAACCUGGAGAAACAUGCUCCGGUCCAAGGACCUGCCCUGGCUGAAGCACCACUUCCUCGGCGGCGAGUCCGUCUUCCCUGCUGCGGGCUACUUCUCCAUGGCCGUGGAGGCCAUCACACAGCUCAACGAGCUCAGCGACAAGCCCGCUGACAUUGCGACGUACGUCCUGCGCGACGUGUCGAUCAAGAAGGCGCUCGUGACGCCCGACAACGACGACGGCGUGGAGAUCAUGCUCAACAUGCGGCCGUCCGUGUUCGACGGGUCCGCGGCCACGCCGACGUGGUGGGACUUCAGCGUCUCUUCGGUCGACGACGAGGGCGUGAUGAAGGAGCACAUGACCGGCAGCAUCAGCAUCAACACCCGGUCCCCCACGGAUCGCAAGACCCGGCCGGUACCCGAGUUCCCCCAGCGCGCCACGGGCAAGGCCUGGAAUCAGGCGUUGCGAGACGUUGGUUUCGAUUACGGCCCGACGUUCCAGGACAUGGACGAUAUUCGGUUCGAUGGCCAGCGCUACGAGGCCAGCUGCCGGACCAACAUCAAGCAGGAGGUCGACGAGUCAUUGGGCGAGUCUCGCUAUGCCCUACACCCGGCUUCGGUCGAUUCGACGCUGCAGCUGUGUAUAGCUGCCAUUUAUGCCGGUCGCACGAGUGCCCUCGAUUGCGGUGUGGUUCCUGUGCAGAUGGACGAGAUGACCAUCUGGCCGCCCACCAGGAAGCAGGUGAAGACGCAGAAAGCGAGCGCAUAUGCCUGGGUCGACCGCCGCGGCAUACGCUCAUGCGAGACCAGCGUGCAAAUGGUGGCCGACGACGGCAACAUGGUCAUGGAAAUUGUCAAUGUCCGUACUACCAGCUACGAGGCAGCCGUUCCCCAGAAAGCGGACACCGCUCUUAAGGAUGCCCCCUAUGGUGAGAUGGCCUGGGAGCUCGACUUUGACAGCUUCGAGAUGGGAGCAGAGGUCGAUGGCAUAACAGUCUCCCAAUUGGCCAACUUGGCGCUCUUCAAGAACCCUGGCAUGAAGGUCCUUGAGAUCGGCGCUCAAGACGCAUCUGCUAUCCUCGAGAAGAACCCCCAGGUAUCGUACACGAUCACUGUCACCUCGGACGAGGACCUGGAGCCAGUCACAGACAGCAUCAAGGAGUACCGCAACGCCAAGGUGAUGAAGGUCGACUUCUCCGAAGACCUCGAGUAUCAAGGCUUCAAGUCGGAAUCUUACGACCUUCUCAUUGCCAUUGGCGAGGCGCCUUCGGUCGAGGUUCUCAAGACACUGCGCAGCUUCCUCAAGGCUGGCGGGCACGCCAUUUGGGAGUUCUCCCAGCCCGGCUCUGUUGACGCUCUCGUCGAGGCAGGCUUCAGCGGCAUCGACUUUGCCAUGGGGAGCAAGACUGGCAGCACUCUUGCCGUAUCCACCGCCGGCGGAUUAGAAGCACAACAAUCUGCAUCGGCUGAUCACACCGUCCAGCUAGUCUACCGCAACAGUCCAAGUCCCGUGGUUCAGCAAGUCACCUCAGCUUUCGAAGCUCUGGGAUGGAGUGUCGCCAUUUCCAGCCUGGCCGACUGUCUAGACUCCUCGGUCCAGGACCACGUGAUCAUGCUUACAGACUUCGAAGGGCCCCUUCUGCUGACACUGAAGGAGAAGGAACUGCUGGCUAUCCAGAACAUCACCAACUCAGCAACCUCGCUCCUGUGGGUCACCGCCGGCGGCCUACUGGAGGGCAAGAAACCCGAACACGCACUGACAUCGGGUCUCGCACGCUCCGUCCGCUCAGAGCAGGCGUCGCUGGACUUCCGGACGUUGGACAUCGACAUCGAGGCCACGGAGCCAGAAAGGGUAUCAAAGGCGAUCGCGAAGACGGCCCAGCUGCAACUCGUCAAGAGCGACAUGCCGGAGCGCGAGUUCUGCGUCUCCGGCGGCAAGACGUACAUCAGCCGCCUGGUCCGCAUGCCCGGCCUCAACAGCACCUUCACCGCAUCGCAGAGCACCGAGGAGAAGAGCUUCGCUCCCGAAGACCGCAUCUCGGGCAAGAUCCUCAAAGGCAAGGUCGUGUUCCAGGAGGAACUAGCCAGCGAGGACGACCAGCUCAAGCCGGACCACGUCGAGGUGCAGGUUCACUGCAGCGGGUUGACCAAGGAGGGCGUACUCGUCAUCACCGGCGCCGACUACCCCAUGACCUUCAGCCACGAGAUCGGCGGUACCGUCAAGCGCGUUGGCGCCGAGGUGAAGUCGUUGAGCGCCGGCGACCGCGUCGUGGGCUUCCACGCCGACAAGUUCGCCAGCUUCCAGCAGGUCCCCGCAACCAUGCUGCGCAAGCUCGAGCGAAAUUAUAACAUGAAAUCCGCCGUCGGCAUGCUGAUGUCGUACGCUGCCGCCCUUCACGGGCUCGUGACCCUUGCCAUGGUCAAGCAAGGAGAUAAUGUUCUGAUCCUGCACAACACCGGCAGCGCCGGCACCGCCGCCAUCCGGGUCGCACAGCUGAACGACGCCACGCCCUACGUCGUGGUGAAGUCGGAAGAGGAGGCCGCUUUCCUCAAGUCGCACCUCCACCUCUCAGACACUAACAUCAUCCGAGCUACUGAUGGUCCGGUCGCCCAGCACCUCGCCGCGCUGACCAACGGCAACGGCGCCGACAUUGUCGUCAGCGCCGGAAGCGUCGACUCUGGCGACGCCCGAGAGGCGUGGCGGCACAUCGCCCGCUUCGGUAGGUUCGUCGACGGUGGCCGGAAAGACGUGUUGAGCCGCAACGCCCUGGACACGGUCCCCGUGCCGCGCGGCGCCAGCUACAUGUCCUUCGACAUACUCGAGCUAUAUGAAUCCCGACCUCAAGUCCUCUCCGGACUGCUCGAUGGCAUCGUCAAGAUGGCCCAAGAAGGAUCUCUUGUUGCCCCUGGACAGGCGCAAUCGGUGAACUUGGCCAGCCUCGACAAGGCCGUGGCGACCUUCUCCGACAACUUCGGCGCAGCCAAGAGCGUCGUUGUGUACGAGCCCUCGGAGACCCCUAUCCAAGUCCUGCCAGCUCGGGCGCCUCUGCGGUUCAGCCCCGACGCCACAUAUCUCCUCGUGGGCUGCCUGGGUGGCCUCGGACGCAGUCUGACAUCUUGGAUGAUGGAGUCUGGCGCCCGGAGAUUCACCUUCCUGUCUCGCUCCGGGACAGAUAACAAAUCGGCCGCCAAGCUGGUCCAAGAUAUCGAGGCCGCCGGUGCCAUUGUCCAAGUCGUCAGGGGUGAUGCCACCUCUCGCGACGAUGUUACCCGCGCUGUGCAAGGCGUCUCCACGAAGAACCCCAUCAAGGGUGUUGUCCAUGCAGCCAUGGUCCUCAGAGACGGACUCUUCCACUCGAUGCCCUUCGCGAACUGGAAAGCCUCCGUCGAGCCCAAGAUACUAGGUGCCACGAACCUGCACGCCGUGCUCGCCAACACCCCGCUCGACUUCUUCGUCGUCACGAGCUCCGUGUCGGGCAUCCUCGGCACGCCGGGCCAGGGCAACUACGCGGCCGCCAACAGCUUCCUGGACUCCCUGGCGCGACACCGUAACCGCGUCGGCGGCAGCAAUAAGCAAGGUGUGGUGGCCACCUCACUCGUGCUGCCCAUGGUGCUGGGCGUAGGCGUCGUCGCCGAGAACGCGUCCCUCGAGGAUGCGUUGACGCGUAAGGGUAUGUAUGGUAUCGAUUCGGAGCACCUGCUCGAGGGCUUCGAGGCAGCCAUUGUGUGCGGCACAAAAACAGACCACGUCGUCGUAGGCCUCGACCCGUCCAAGCUCCAAAAAGCCGUCAACGACGAAGCAGCCGACGACUGCUUCUGGCUCGAAGACGCGCGCUUCUCCCACGUAGUCCACGACAUGGCCUCCGCCGCCUCGGACGCGACGACCAAUUCCAGCGCGCAGAGCAUCCUGGCGACCAUCAAGGCGGCCCCUACCCCAGCCGAGGCGCUGCAGGCCGUGACGGAGCACUUCGUCGACAAGCUGGCGCGCAUGCUGCUCUUGGGGCCAGACCAGUUCGACGAGCUCGACGUGCGCAGCAUCGCCGACUACGGCAUAGACAGCAUGAUCGGCGCCGAGCUGCGCAACUGGAUCUUCAAGGAGUACCGCAUGGACGUGCCCUUCCAGCAGCUGCUGGGCCCUACGCUGAGCAUCACCAAGUUUGCGACGCAGGUGUGCGCGACGCAGGGCGUGGAGUUCGGGGGGGCUGCGGCGGCAUGA